AUGGCAUCAACAUCGAAGAAGAGACAUAGUAUUGGAACCAUUGAAAGUUGUGUGACAAGACUCUUGGUACUGACGAAACAUCUUUUAGAGAGUUUGACACAAUGGGCACGUCAUGAAGUUGACGAUAAGUUUGUUAGUGAUGCAUAUGUUAAAUUGGGGAAUGAUUUCAGGUCAGCAUCUAGAGCAUUUACUAAUGCUGGAGUAGAUAUUUCUGAUAUUGGUGAUGUUCCUCAAGCUCUUAGAGUGAUAUUAGAGAGUGCUUUGAGUGAACCCGCUAGUCAAGAGAAUUUAGACCGAUUUUUACCCAAUAUUCGUAAUAUCAUUGUAACAUUACUUCAGAACUUAAAGGCUAAACAGAAUAGAGCUAGAAAUAUAGGUGAUUCUAGUUCCAACCAAAGAGAAUUCAAACAUAGCCAUACCAAUAGUCUGCCCAAUAUUCAAUCCCCACCACCUAAAUCAAAGUCUCCAUCACCUCCAGUGAAAUCUCCAUCACCUCCACAAGUGUCUCAUAGUCAUUCUAGAUCUCAACCCAUGAUUAAUCAUUCUCCAGAUCAAAUAGAGGUUCCUAAACAACGACAAAAAUCAUUGGAUGCUCCAGUGACACUCCAACCACCGAGUCAUUCAAGAACUCAAUCCAGAGAUAAAGAUGAAGCUUUACAACAACUUCAAAGUGAAAAUGUAUUACUGAGAAGAGCUUCUAAAAGGUUCAGUGCUUAUCAGUACGCAAAACUUGCCAAUAUUAAUCCUUCAAAUGCCCUUCCUUCCAUGUCAGAUCAAAGAAGUCCUCUGGCCCAAACCAUCAGACAAACCAUUAGAAAUCCUAGUACUAAAUUCACACCUUCAUCCCCAAAAGAUCAACCUCAAGAUACCCAUAUUUUCUUAAGUAUAGGCAAACAAACCAAGAAAGUGUUUGUUAAGACCCCUAUAACAUUUGCAUCAUUAAGACUUCUUUUUGUGGAGAAAUUCGCUUACAGUCCUGGAUCAUCGGAUUUCCCUUCCAUUAACAUAGUAGACCCCAAAACAGGAGUAUCAUAUGAACUCGAGGAUCAAUAUUUAUCCGAUAUCACCACCGGAACCUUAUUAAGCUUAAAUGAAGAGCCUAUUGAUGAUACCCAAAAUUUCAAACAACUUGAAGAUACUGUUAAUGCAUUGAAAGAGAAGUUCGACACUCUAAGUUCAGAUAUCACCAACUCAAUCAAUGAUGCUAUCAAACACAUAGACAUACCUUUACCUGUACAGCAACCAACACCAGUAUCGGCCGAACUGGACAAAAAACUUCCAUCGAUUGAUGUCACGAAAGAGGUAGGAGCUAUUGAAAAUGAAUUACGUGUAGUCAAACAACUUCAAUCCGCCAACAAAAAGUCCAUCCAAGCAUUUGUCGCCGAUUUGACCAACAAAGUUAAACUCAUUCAAGAAACCGGAGUGGAUGCUUCAAAGUCUUCGAAUCGUAUUUAUAUGGAAAAGUGUCAUACCAGAUUAUCCGAAGAAUCUGAUAACUUAUUAACCAAAGUAGACGAUUUACAAGAUCUCAUGGAAGGUUUAAGAAAAGAUGUGGUUCAAAGAGGGGUUAGAAUCAGUGACCAGCAAUUGAAAGCUACUUUAAAAGAAAUCGACCUUGCUUCUACAUCCUUACAAUCAAUGACAGGUUACAUUGGUCUGGAGAAAUCCACUUGGAAAAAGAUUUGGGAAAGUGAAUUGGAUAGAGUUUGUGAAGAACAACAAUUCUUUAACCUUCAAGAUGACUUAACCAAGGAUUUGGAAGAAGAUAUUAGUAAGAUCAAAGAAACUUUUGAUUUGAUUGAACAGUGUUCUGUGGAACAAGUGAAAUCAGGGGGUUUCAGAAGAAAUAAAGUUGUUGCAAACUUACAUAUCCCAGAACCAGGAGAGAAUCUCCAUAGUUUGAAAGAUGCUGUUCUCAAUGAAGUUGCGUCUUUAAGACCAGAUCAUGAAAGUAGAGUAGAAGCUAUCAAUAGAGCUGAAAGAUUAAGAGAACGAGAAAGAAUGUUGUUGAACAAGGACGAGUUCCAAGAAGAGUUGGGCAAUUUUGUUGAUGAUGCCAAAUUGAAAAAGUCUGGAGGUAUUGAUGAAAUUGAACGUCAAAGACAAUUGAAAGAUGCAGAGAAUCUCAAAGGCAUAGGGGGUUUAUAG